UUCCCCAGAGCGCCCGCCUUGAAUCGCUCCCCAUUGUCGCCUGCACAACACCCGUCCCGCCGCCAAACGCGAAUCUAAUUCAUCAUGUCCGACGAGGAAGGCCAGGAGCUUGUCACCAAGCCCUUCAAGUUUGUCACUGGUGGCACUGAUGCCCGUUUCCCCAACGUGAACCAGACCAAGCACUGCUGGCAGAACUACGUCGACUACCACAAGUGCAUCAUCGCCAAGGGAGAGGACUUUGCGCCUUGCCGUCAGUUCUGGUUGGCCUACCGAUCACUGUGCCCCUCCGGAUGGUACCAGCGAUGGGACGAGCAGCGCGAGGCUGGUAACUUCCCCGUGAAGCUUGAUGCUUAAAGCUCAUAUUUAACUUGGCGGGGUAUAUAUGUAUGGGUGUUCACAUAGAAUAAGCAGCCAAGCUGCGCGUGUAUUGC